AUGGCAGAGAAGGAAAAACAACAACCGUCGACGUUGAAAUCAACCACCGGAGUUUCACGACCAACGAUUUCACUUCCACCACGACCAUUUGGUGAAAUGUUUUUCACCGGUGGUGUUGGAUUUAGUCCUGGUCCUAUGACUCUUGUCUCAAAUCUCUUCUCUGAUCCUGAUGAAUUCAAAUCAUUCUCUCAACUUCUCGCCGGAGCUAUGGUUUCUCCGGUAGCUGCUGCCGUCGUCGCUACUGCUCAUCAGACAACGGUAAGCUCCGUCGGUGACGACGGUGGUGAUGACGGUGACUCAAGGUUUAAGCAAAACAGACCAACGGGAUUGAUGAUUGCGCAACCACCGGCGAUGUUUACUGUACCGCCGGGAUUAAGUCCGGCGACGCUUCUUGAUUCUCCGAGCUUCUUUGGUCUUUUUUCACCUAUUCAGGGAACAUUUGGUAUGACACACCAACAAGCUUUAGCACAAGUCACUUCACAAGCAGUUCAAGGCAAUAAUGUCCCAAUGCAACUACAAUUUGAGUUCCCUUCCUCUACGCAACAACAAGAGUCUUCGUUGAGUGAGCCUCCAGCGUUUUCUUCUGGACCUCGAUCUCAGAAUCCAUCCUCGGUUCAAGAUUUAUCGCAGGGGCAGAGAGAAACCACAGAAAUAUCGGUUUUUGAGCAUCGGCCACAGCCUCAAAAUGCUGAUAAACCAGCUGAUGAUGGAUACAACUGGCGGAAAUACGGGCAGAAGCAAGUGAAAGGGAGUGAUUAUCCUCGGAGUUAUUACAAAUGUACUCAUCCCGCGUGUCCUGUCAAGAAGAAAGUUGAGAGGUCUCUCGAUGGACAAGUAACGGAAAUCAUCUACAAAGGUCAGCACAGUCAUGAUCGUCCUCAAAACAAUAAGCGCGGAAACAAGAACGGGAGUUCGAGAAAUUCUGAUAUUUCAUCUCAGUUUCAAACCAGUAAUAGCAGCCUCAACAAGACUAAGAGAGACCAAGAAACAAGCCAGGUUACAACAACAGAGCAGAUGUCUGAAGCAAGUGAUAGCGAAGAGGUCGGUAAUGCAGAAACUCGUGUUGGAGAAAAACACGAGGAUGAGCCUAAUCCCAAGAGAAGAAAUACAGAAGUUCGGGUUUUAGAACCAGUUGCUUCAUCGCAUAGAACCGUGACAGAGCCUAGAAUUAUCGUCCAAACGACAAGUGAAGUUGAUCUCUUAGAUGAUGGGUAUAGGUGGCGGAAGUAUGGACAGAAAGUAGUCAAAGGAAAUCCUUAUCCGAGGAGCUACUAUAAAUGUACAACACCGGGAUGCGGAGUGAGGAAACAUGUAGAGAGAGCUGCAAAUGACCCAAAAGCUGUUGUAACAACAUAUGAAGGGAAACAUAAUCACGACGUUCCAGCUGCUAGAACCAGUAGCCAUCAGUUAAGACCAAACAACAAUCUACACAACACCUCAACAGCUAACUUAAAUCAACAACAGCCCGUUGCGCGUUUAAGGCUUAAAGAAGAGACUUGA